UCCUCAAUAAUUAUAAGAUGAAAUAACUGAGAUAAAUUAUAAUUUAGCUAACUAUGGUCAUAUCCCAUAUGGAAAAUCUUUAUAAGGAACAUUAUAUUUACCUGAAACAGAAAAUAAUUCAAGUGAAUAAGAUUACAAGGCAUGUUCUUUAAUAAAGGAUAACCAUCGUCUUGCAGGAGCUAAGCUUGCAAUAAUUUUUGAUGAUAAAGAAGAUGAAAAAAUUUAGUAAGUCAUUUUAAUGGAUGAUCAUUUUAAUUAUGCAGUUAAACCAAAUAAAGAUUCCUAAAAAGAAAACUUUUAAAAGCCUUACGAAAAUUGUUUAUCAAAUGGAAGAUAUUGCUCGGCCUAAAAAGAAUUAUCAGCUAUAUAAAGUAAAUAAACAAUAUAAGAAGUCUUAAGAUAAUGCAUAAUAUAUUAAAAAUUAUCGUCUUAAUGGUGGGACUAUGUCAUUUAAUUUGGUAACAAUUGCAUUGAUUCUGAUGAUAUUAAUGAAUGUUCACAAAAAGUGAUGAAAUAGGAGACAUUACUAAUGAAUCAUCAAUUUAUGAAUAUAUUUGUUCCAGCUUUAUAACAUUACCUUAGUAUUGUAAAAACUCUUAUGAUAAUUGGAUUAAUUUUAAAGAUGAAUCUUCUUUCAUUAGAAAAUUUUAACGAAAAUUCUCACAAAUAGCCAAUUUUAAAUAGUCCUAGAUCUUUAGAAGCUUGUAAAAGAUAAGGAAUAAGGCCUUAAGAACUAAUAGUAAAAACAUAGUAGGAAAUAAAAUAAUUAUACAAAGAUAAAAGCUUGGACAAAAAAUCUUUAGAACUAAAAUAAAAUCAUUGCGAAGAACGUAGAAAAGAAAAAAUACGCAUUUUAUUAGAAGAAAGAGCAUAAAUAAUAGAAGAAGAAAAAAUGGGCUUAUGGGAAUAUGAUGAUUAAGGUUAAAUACGAGUAAGAAAAUUAUUUAAUCAUACAAAUUUAUUAAAUUAUAUUUAGUAUAACAAACAUAGUUAAAGUAAAAUAGGAAAUAAAUAUUAAAGUUCAAUAGGAGCAAGCAAUUCUUCAGUUAUUGAGAGAGAAAAAAGAUAACUUGAAAAAAUAAAACUUCGAUAAUAAAAAGAAAUAGAAUAAAUGCUUGAUCAUGAAGUAAAAAUGUAAUAAAUUAGAUAAUAAAAUGAGUAAAAAUAAUAAUUGGAAAGAAAUAAAGAAUUAGAAAGGGAACAUGAAUUAAUGAUAAAAAGAAAAGAAGUAAAUAAAUUCAUUAAUUUUUGUUUAAUAUAAAAAAACAAAAUAUAGCAAGAAGAAUUAAAGAGACAAAUGGAAAUAGAAUAAAGGUAGAAACAAGAGAAAUUGGAAUAAGAAUAAAAAUAAAGGCAAUUAUUAAUGUAUCAAAAAGAAUAAAUAAAAGCCCAAUAAGAAGAAGAAAGAAGAAAAGAAAGAGAGCGAGAAUAUAUUUAAAGAGAAGAAGAAAGAAAAUAGAAAUAAUUAGAAUUUUAGCAAUAAAUAGAAGAAAAACUAUAAUAAUAAUAUUAAAUAGCGGAAGAAAAACGUAUGUUAAUGGAAUAAAAGGAAUAAAUAAGAUUAAUGUCUUUAUAAGAAAAAACAAAAUAAUAAGCAAUAUAAGCAGAAGCAAAAAGAUUAUAACAAUUAGAAAAAUUAAAAGCAGCAAAAUAAAAGAACGAAUAAGAAUUGUAUAAAAUAAGAGAAAACUAUGAAUUAAAAUAAAAAUAAAAUGAAGAAAAAAGACAUAUUUAAGAAAUAGAAAGAUAAUAAUAAUUUGAAUAAGCGAAAAAAAGAUAAGAAUAAAACGCUAUUUAAUUAAAAUAAAUUUUAGAAAAUGCUACAUUAAAAGAAGAAGAAAGAAGAAAUGAAUAUUUAAGAAAAAUGACAGAGGCAGAAUAAAGAAAAAUAUAAUUAGAAUAGGAAUAAGAAAUCGAAAGAUAAAAAUAAAUUUAAUUAGAACAUGAAAAGGAACUUUAACGAUAAUAAGUAAAAAGUAAUAAUGAAAAGUUAAUGAAAGAAAAAGUAGAAUAAUUAGAAGAAAAAUAUAGAGAAAAAGAAUAAAAUGUUUAAAAAGUUUAAUAUAUAAAAUAAGCUUAAUUAAUAGAUAAAACAAAUAUUGAAAGUAUAAAAAGAGCUGAUAGGCAAGAAAAUGUAUAAAGAAUUCAAAGAAU